AUGGCAGACCUGGAGUUAUUGACCGGUCCGAUGCUCGCUGGAACUCAGGCCAACUGGCUCCUCCUCGGCACGCUUACUCUCCAAGUUUACAAGUUUUUUGUUUGCUUCCCGAAAGAGCGCGCAUGGAUCAAGGCGAUGGUCUACACACUCUUCAUCCUCGAAUGUACCCAGACGGGCGUCACGUCGCAUUUUGCGUACUCGUUACUCGUUCUGGGCUGGGGCAAUCCCGCCGUCUUUGCAAAACUGCCAUGGUCGAGUCUCGCGACACCGAUAUUCACAGGAAUUACCAGCGCAACGGUGCAGAUAUUCUUCGCUUGGCGGAUAUAUACGCUGAAAGGAGAACACCUUCUGGCGAAGCUGGUGUGCGUUCUCAUUGUCAUGGCCAGUUUUCUCGGACUUAUGUCUAGCCUCGCGGCAUUCGUCACGGAUGGGCUGUUUGCGGUCACCACCGAACUCUCCAAACUGCCCCCUCUCAUGACGGGUGUCAAAGUGUGGCUCAUCGGCUCCGCCGUCUGCGAUGUACUUAUCACAAUAUCCAUGCUCAUCAUCCUCACGCAAUACCGCAUGAAGACUCCGUGGAAGCGUACCGACUCCAUCAUCACCAAGCUCAUCUACAAUGUUAUCGAAACUGGCGCGAUUACCACGAUCGUCGCCGUUGCGGAUGUUACGCUCUUCAUCGUGUCUUCGCAGACCAAUUUACACCAGACGCCCGCUUUCAUGCUCGGCAAGCUGUACACCAAUGUGCUCCUGGCGACGCUCAAUGCUCGGGCGGUUAUGGGCACGCCAUCAGGCCUCAACGCUGCCUCGGGUGACCGUGAAGGUACACACGGUACACACGAGAUGAACUGGCGUGGGCAAAGGAGCAACGAGCGCGACCUUGAAAGCAGCGGCGUGCAAAGGAAGGUCCAGAUCUCGACAGUAACGAGGGUGACUACCGAUAGCGACCAGAAAGACCGCUACGGCCACGCGGACGCAAAGCUCCCGGCUGCGUUCUGA